CUCACCAAGGUCCUAGCUUUGUAACAGAAAAAUAACACUUUAGCCCCUGCACAGCAGACAAUCACCCGACUCUGAAGCCACGGGGAAGCAACUCUCCCACUCCUUCCCUCUACCAUGGAGUAUCUCUCAGCCUUAAAUCCCAAUGGCCUACUGAGGUCAGUGUCUAACAUUAGCUCGGAGUUAGGCCGAAGGGUCUGGACUUCAGCUCCACCACCCCAGCGACCUUUCCGUGUUUGUGACCACAAGCGGACAAUCCGGAAAGGCCUGACAGCAGCCACUUAUGGGGAAUUGCUAGAUAAGGCACAGGAGAUGCUGCUGCUGCAUGGAGUGCUAACAUUGGUGCUGGAGGAGGAUGGAACUGCAGUGGAGAGUGAAGACUUCUUCCAGAUGCUGGAAGAUGACACAUGCCUGAUGGUGCUGGAGCAGGGGCAGAGCUGGAGUUCCACCAAGAGCAGGGUGCUGACAUAUGGCCUGGGCCGAGAAAAACCGAAGCACAGCAAGGACAUCGCACGCAUCACCUUUGACGUAUACAAGCAAAGUCCCCGAGACCUCUUUGGCAGCCUGAAUGUCCAAGCCACAUUCUAUGGACUCUACUCCAUGAGUUGUGACUUUCAAGGAGUUGGUCCCAAGAAAGUACUCAGAGAGCUCCUUCGUUGGACCUCCUCACUGUUACAAGGCCUGGGCCAUAUGUUGCUGGGAAUUUCCUCCACCAUUCGCCACAUAGUGGAGGGGGCUGAGCAGUGGCACCGGCAGGGUCGCCUCCAUUCUUACUGAGGUGCUGAGCUUCUAGCCUGACUCAUUCCAUGAGAUACAUUGAGAAGAUUAUGACAUCAUGCUUUGGGACCUGCAGAUAGUGAAAGCUAGAUAACUCACUUGAUUUUUUCCCCACUGUCCUCUGAUCCCACUUAACAGAACCUGUCAGCAUAGUUCCUUACUCCUCUAGUCUGUACCUUUUUCUGAAGAAUGCUGUUUUACAUGUAUCUCCACCCUCCCGCCCGCUCUGAAAGGCCACAAACCUAUCCUCACAUAUCCCAAUCCUAUCCUGACUGUUGCUACCUCUAGAUCCAUACUAACUCCUAAGAUCCCCAAGCAAUGAUAGCCCUGACAUUACCUGAAGAUUUCUUAUCUUCAUAUUUUUCUCCUAAAAAAGAAAAACAUUUCCAAUAAAAACAUAAAAAUGUUUACCAAU